GCGGCCCCCUCUUACCAGCGCGCCUCCGGCAAAAAUGGCGGCGGCCGUUAGCGCCGAGUCCCGCGUCUAACUCCAUUUCUCUGCUUCUCCCGUGCAAAAUGUGAAAGGAGAAACGGCUGGUGGAGGGGGUCCUGGGCAAUGAGUCGGCGAAGAAAACAUGGAGACAGCCCUGGCCUGAAGAGCACGCUACGCAAAGCGGCGGCCGCUGAGGACUGCAGCUCGGUGGUCGAGCCAGGGAAGAGGCGGCUUAGGUCGGCCCGCGAAUCCGGGCUCUACGAGGUCGCAGAGGGUCCUAUCCGGCCCAUGCCUCAGCAAGAGCAGCCUCCAGCAGCCGCUUCGGGCAGUAAAAGUAACCCCGAGGAAAGAUAUGAAACACCAAAGAGAGUGCUGCAAAUGGAUUUAUUGUCAUCUACCUUCAGUUCUCCUAAUGAUCCAGAUGGACAGAAUGAUAUCUUUUGGGAUCAAAAUUCUCCAAUGACAAAACAGUUAGGUAAAGGAAGAAAAAAACAGAUUUACACCACAGAUAGUGAUGAGAUCUCACAUAUUGUUAAUCGGAUUGCUCCUCAGGAUGAAAAACCAACAACAGACUCUAUGCUGGGCAUGUGGAUUGGUGCAACUGCUAUUCCUUGUACUCCUAAUGUAGCAAAAGGAAAAUCAAGAGCAAAAUUCAGCUGCACAAAGUUAAAAACACAAGAUCGAGAGGAAGAACUUAUGAAAUUGGCUAAGCAGUUUGAUAAAAAUAUGGAAGAGCUAGAUGUGAUUCAAGAGCAAAACAAGAGAAAUCACGAUUUUAUCCAGAUGAUUUCAGAAACAGAGACUUUAAAUAAUUAUGAUGUUCAAAUGCAGUUACUACAUGAUAUAGUUCCUGAAAUAGAUAAUGCUGUAAUAAAGAAGCCAAUGAAAGAAAAUACCAAGGUAUCUAUGGUAAAUGAUAAAAAUAGCAGUCAGAAGCCAUUUGACCAAAAUGCUGAAGCAGCCUUUAAUGCCAUUUUUGAUGGUUCUACUCAGAAAUGUAGUGGACAGUUAAGCCAAGAUCUGUCAGAUGCUUUUCGGAAUACCAUUAAUACUACCUUUGGAAAGAGAAGCACUUUGAAAGAGGAGAAAAUCAUUACUAAUGAAACUCUGGUCACUGAAAAACUGCCAAAUAAACCUGCAGCAUCACUUUCUCAUCAAGUAGAUACUCCUAGAAUGAAAAAAUCGAAUGUGACUUCCUGUCCUGAGGAGCCAGAAGCUUCUAAUAAGCACUUUGAUGCAUUUACUACUGAUGAUCUUGAGGAUGAUUGGGAGAAUUUACUAAGUAAUGAAUCUUUUGUUAUGCAAAAUGUAGAAAUGUCUGAACCAGCCCAGAUGGCCGAUCAAAAGGGAAUUUGUACCUUUAACAGUAAAAAUGAUAAAAGUAACUCAAGAACAAAUGUAAGUCUAGAUGCUGGGUUAAGAGAUUCAAAAAUUUUACAAGAUCUUUCUGCAAAGACACAUAACAGUGAAUUAAUAGAUGCCGGAACAUAUAAAUUUUCACCAAAUUCAAAUGAUAAAUCAAACAAAUUAUCCUCCAUUGGAAAUAAAAUGAAAUUUGAGAACUCUUUCAAUGAAAUCAUUCAAGACAAAACUCAAGAUUGUGCUGUUGCAUCUAAUUUGACAAAAGUAAAGGGAGAUACUCAUACUAAAUUUAUUCCUAAUGUUAAUACUUCUGGAAAAAAGUCUACUUUGAACACAGGAUAUUCUAAUGAACAAAAAAAUAAGUCUAAUUUUAAUCAGUCUUUUAAAACAUCUGCUAAUGUUCCUUUUGGCUCUGCUGCUUUGGGCGAUGCUUAUCAGACUAAUGCAUCAAAGUUGGAUUCUUUCUCUGAUGAUUGGAAUGACCCAUCAUUUGCCCAUGAAAUUGUUAAAGCAUGUCAUCAAUUAGAGAAUACCUGGGAAGCAGACGAUGUAGAUGAUGAUUUAUUAUACCAAGCAUGUGAUGAUUUUGAAAGACUAACUCAACAACAAGACUUUAGAAAGGACAGCAAGACAUCAGAAAGUAUACUUGAAAUCAGUAAUAGUUCCAGUCAUGGAGCCCAAAACAUGUUUACUACAUCUAAACAAGGAAGUCCAUUGGUGCAGUCAACACACUUGAAUCUGCGUAAUAUUUCAGCACAAACAUCUUCAUUGACAAAUAGCUCACCAAUAAAUAAAUCAAUGAAGAUGCAAAAAGAGGAGAUUUAUGGAAAUUCUCCGAGUUUUUUAGGUGCUACAACAAAUCUGACUAUAUACUCUAAGAACUCAAAUUGUCUGAUGAAUAAUCUGCCUGUCUUUUGUAAUAACACUGAUGUUCCAAUACAAGUGAAUAGUUCCAAAUCGGUUCUUACAAGAAGUUCAAGUUUGAAUGUGAAUUCAAGUCAUAUGAGUACAGAAAUUGCUACUUAUAAGAAGAAAUUGAGUACUCAGCCUAUGUCCCAUAGGACUACAAUAGAUGAAGCUCAGAGUAAUCUUAACAGAACAGUUAGAUUUUCUAAGUAUACAUUUACAAAGAUGAAAAAUUCUCAGAUUCUUUCCCAGUUUAAUGAAAAUUGUAUAACAGGAAGUAUGUCUGAUACCAGUAUUACACAGGGUUCGGAGAAAAACAAAACCAUCAACUCAUGUGGGAAGGCUAUUCAACAGCAGUCUUCGGUGAAACUUUCUGAAUCUUUGAAACAACCUUCAAAAGAGGAAGAAGAGAAAAAUAGAAAGUAUUCUCCUGAAGAAAUUCAGAGAAAGAGACAAGAAGCGCUGGUUCGAAGAAUGGCCAAAACACAGGCAUCAUCUAUAAAAGCAGCUCCCACUUGAUUUCUCCAGUGAAGAAUUAAGUGGAAGACUUAACAAAGACAGUUGAUAACUAUCUAUGAUAGGAAAUAUUGUUUCUUGAUUUCUCUGUGAGAAAUAUAAUGCUGAGUUAUAAAGCAUGGACUUCUACUUUAUUUAAUAAAUCAGUGUUUGCAAUGGUCAAUGAAGCCUUUACUUAGAGAUGUAUGUGAAAGUAAUCAUAUGUAAGUUUGGGAAAUUUAGGAAAGCUAACAAUUAUGUAGUAGAAUUGUACAGAGGCAAUUAGUUACAUUUUUUAAAUACUGUGAUUGUAGAGGAUCAUCAAAAAAAUGGGUUAUCUACUAAAUUUUUUAUCGUAAUGUCUUUUCCUAAUACAAAGCUUCAACUUACUAAGUAGAGACUAUUUUUUUUUUUUUAAUAGUUUUUACUUGAUGUAACUGUUCCUUAAGGUUGUUAUACCUUUCUGAAUUCAAAUUAAUACUUUCAUCUUCAUGGUUGGUAGGAAAUAAAGGACUUUAAUUUACUUGUAAGGAAAUUAUUGUUUUGAAUUCCUACUCUGAAAAAGAUUUAAAUUUUAAUUUUCUAGAAUAAUGCAUUUUGUAAACUUUCCACUAUUUUUAGGGAAAAUGCUGAUUUAAGAAGUUUAGGGGAAAAAAUAGAUUGGCUAUGUAAAUAAUAUAGUUUCAUUAACAUUUAGAACUGUCAAACUUUAGAUAUCUGAUCCAGCUUCAUUACUGUAUAGGUGAGAAAUGAAUAUUGUUAUUCUGAAAGACACAAGACAAGUUAAAGCUGUAUUGGGAUUAGAAUGAUUUCUUUCACUCUAAUGGAUACUUAAACAAUUGUACCAUUUCCUUCAGGGUAUUAGUACAUAAAAUAACUUGUAGUUAUUUGUAAUAUAAAACUUAAAAACGUACAUUAAGGACCAUUUAAACUUGAUGCUCAUUGUUUCUUGUAUUAAAGAAUCAUUCCAGGAUAUAAAAAUGA